UCGUGCUGUGAUGAACAACGAAUCCAUUACUGAUACGCACUUUUUGUUGAAUUGGAAUCGUAUUGCUCAACGCUCUAACAAAUAGGAACGUCUUUAAACUUGACGCAUCAAUUCUUCAAUCAUUCAAUUCGCCCCCUCCUCGGGGUCGAGAGGUCAAGCUAUCAUAGCGAUCAUGUUCGUGGGACAAUGGUUCGAUACACAUUCAGUUAUCAAGGGAACGUCUGGGAAAUUUGACUUGAAAACAGGGCUGUGAAAAACAGAGUGGCGGUCUGAUUUGAUAUGCAAGAUGAAAGCUACAGCUGGAGGGAUGUAUUGAACUUGAGUGCUUCGAUAAGUUUCAAGAUCAGGACGCAUCAUGAAUGGACCAUAGUGAUCUACAACUCAACCAAUCAUCCAAGAUGUCUUCAGCAGCCGCAGAGUCAACCACUGUGAGUGAAGUGAGGAACAACCGUGCAGGAAUCACCUUCGAAUUUCCAAAGAUACCCUGCACCAAGUUCAACGUCAUAGGGAAUUCUAAAAUGAGAGCGAAACGGGAGCGAAGGCAGAGAGAGCCAAAGGAAGCUGUCUGGAGGGUGCCCAGACUGAUACAGACUACCCUUGCUGCAGGGGUACAUGGUGAGUCCCAUCCGGACACUACGAACAGGGAGGCCAAAGACGGUAUGUCUGUGAAACGUGGACGUCCCUUUUGGAAACAGGAUGAUCUGAACUCCCAGGACAAAGCGAGUCUGUAUGCCGCAAGGUCUGAGGAUAGUUUCAAAGGCUUCGAAGGCACUCACAAUCCCAAGAUGGUCAGUCUGAUGGACGAUCGCUUCAAAACUGAAAAGAGGUAUAUCGCUAGAUUCUACCGCCAACGUAGCAGUGCUCUGUUGAGUCCCAUCCUCAAGAAAUGCCCUUCCAGGACAUUCUCUAUAUCAUUGCCAAGCGUUGUCCAGGAAUAUGACCUUACUGAUGCAACCAAAGUUGGCCGUACCGGUCGCGCAGAAGAAAAACGGCAAUCCACGAUCCAGUUGGAGAAAUACCACACAAGAGAAUGCCUUUACUGCGACGUUGCAGGACAGAAAUACUGCAGUGAGUGCAGAAGGAAACACCGUCAUAUCAAGAUGAGAGAAUCUAGUCAUGAGAGAGUGAAAUUCCCCAAGUUGCCAUCUUGCCAAGUCCAGAUAAAAGAUCGUGAGGCGCCCUCUACCGACGAGGUAUCGGGUAGCGUGGAUCAGUUUGAUGAAAGGUUUCAUCGAUAUCGCAAUAAGGAUCGGAGAACCUCUUCUUUCUUCGAUGAGCCACCAGCUCACUUUAAGGGCAAUACGAAAGGAAAGGGAAGAAAAACCAAAGUAAAGCAUACGAUUCUACCUAGGAUUUACCUACCAGCGAUCACAAAUGAUAGCGAUAAUAGACAUCUAUAA